CAAACCUCAAAUCACAGUCUGUGUUCUACCCACUUAAUUGAUAGAAAUGUGAGUGUAAUACAGUCUAUAGAAACUGUGUCUAUUCCCCGAAUAGUGAGGUUCAACAAUAAAAAUAAAGGAUCUAGAAAAAAUCUGAUCGUGAUCAAACCAGAAAUUCGCAAAAUUACCGAACAAAAACAAUUUCUAAAGCUAGGGCUACUAAACAUUAGAUCGCUGACACCUAAGGCGGUUAUUAUAAAUGAAAUGAUCACAGAUAAUAGUCUUGAUGUAAUUUGCCUUACUGAAACAUGGCUUAAACCAAAUGAUUAUUUCGGUCUUAAUGAGUCUUGUCCACCUGGCUACUGUUAUAAAAAUAAAUGCCGUCCGGUUGGCCGUGGCGGUGGUGUUGCAACAAUCUAUAGAGAGAUUCUUAACGUUACCCAGAAAACAAACUACAGGUUUAAUUCAUUUGAAAUUCUCGUGCUAACCGUUACACUCUCAGAUAUAAAUAAAAAGUCGCUACUAUCUCUUGCUUUGGCUACUGUUUAUAGACCUCCAGGGCCUUAUGUUGAUUUCCUAAAAGAGUUUGCAGACUUUCUCUCAGACCUAUUGGUCAACGUUGAUAAAGCGCUGAUUGUUGGAGAUUUUAAUAUUCAUGUAGAUAAUACAAAUGAUGCGUUAGGGGCUGCGUUUACAGAUUUACUAAACUCGUUUGGGGUCAAACAAAACGUCACUGGACCCACUCACCGUCUUAAUCAUACACUAGAUUUAAUUAUAUCACAUGGAAUCAAUCCUACUGAUAUAGAAAUUCUACCGCAAAGUGAUGAUAUCACUGAUCAUUACCUUGUAACAUGCGUACUGCAUACUGCUGAUAUUUGUCAAAUUGCGCCACGAUAUCGACUAGGUAGAACAAUUCUUCCGACAACUAAAGAUAGAUUCACAAAUAAACUGCCUGAUCUGUCUCACCUGCUCAUUGUACCCAAACACACAAAUGAUCUUGAGAAAAUUACUAGCAGUAUGUGCACCACUUUCACUAGUACAUUAGAUACUGUUGCACCGAUGAGAUUAAAAAAAGGUUAGAGAGAAAAAUACUGUACCAUGGUACAACAAUAUUACUCACGCUAUCAAAAGAGAAACUCGUAAUCUAGAACGCAAAUGGAGACAAACUCGUUUAGAGGUCUUUAGAAUCGCGUGGAAAGACAGCUCGUCCCGUUAU